CAUGGAACGGACGCAGCACCACCAAAGUGGGUUGUCUUCGUCAACCAGUGGUUGACCUGUGAACGAGACCUGGGGCCUAGAGUUCCUACACCGAGCACCUCCAGGGUGUACAGACAUGGCCAAACUCAUUCUCAGAGCCUUUCCGUUCACCAAACAUUCAUUCUCCCAUUACUGCCAGCAACCUGGAAGCGCAGCACCAAGAAGUAGCAAGAUCGUGGAAGGUAGGACAUACAAGUGGAACGUGACCCUGAGAGGUCUCUUGGAGGGGAAUGUCCCAGCGAAAGCAAUCCUCGCUUAUGCCCUCAUGAGGAGGAGAGGUGUGAAGGUAGAUAGCUUCACCCUUCUGUUUGUUGUCAAGGCCUGUUGCCUCAUCAUUCAUGACGUCGUCGUGGGCAAACAAGUGCACGCUCAGGUCGCCAAGCUGGGCUUCCAAGCAGAGGUAGUUACCCAGACCGCCCUCCUCAAGAUGUAUGGCAUGUUUGGAGACCUCGAUGCUGCCGAAAAAGUGUUUGAUGAAACUCCUCAAAGAGAUCUUGUCCAAUGGCAUGCGCUCCUUGCUGCGUACUCCCAGAGGAAUCGACCCUGCAGUACAAUGAAAACCGCGCAGCGAAUGGUAAACGAGAGUGUUAUGCCGAACGAAGUCGGUUUUGUCAGUAUCAUCUCGGCUUGUUCGCAGAGGAAGGCUUUACCAGAGGGAAAGCGGUGGCACGGCUACGCGAUCAAAAACCUUGCAGUGCUCGACACUUUCGUUCACAAUGUGCUGAUCGACAUGUACGCGGCCUGUGGAUGCCUGUCGGAUGCUUACAACGUCUUCAAGAAUCUGAGGAACAAGAAUACUGUUUCAUGGACUUCGAUGAUCAAUGCCUAUGGCGACAAUGACCACCCGAAUGAGGCACUGGAUCUGUUCGAGGAAAUGGAAGCGGUAGGAGAAAGACCUGACGAAGUAAUGAUGUUGGCAGUGGUUUCUAUCUGCACCAAGUUAGGGAGGUCUGACAUAGGAGAGUGGAUCCAUGAGUACGUCGAGAGGUGCGGGUUUGGGGAAAGCGUACGCGUCGCCAAUGCUCUCAUCGAUAUGCACAGCAAAUGCGGGAACAUGGAGAAGGCAUGCAGCACGUUCGACAGGAUGACGAGGAGGACUCUGGUAACGUGGACCGCAAUGAUACAAGGCCUGGCGAUGCACGGGCACGGUCGGGCCGCGCUGACGCGGUUCUCUCAGAUGCAGAGGGAAGGCUUUCGGCUGGACGAGGUGGUGGUUUUAAUCAUGAUCAACGCAUGCAGCCACGCAGGGCUGGUGGAAGAGGGGAAGCAUUUCUUCAGGUCCAUGGCAGAGGAGCAUGGGAUGGAGCCUUGGAUGGAGCACUACGGGAGCAUGGUGGAUCUGCUGUGCAGAGCAGGGCUGGUGAACGAGGCGCUCGACUUCGUCAUGAGCAUGCCCCUGAAACCAGACGCUGUCAUCUGGCGCACCCUGGUUGCUGCAUGCAGAAACCAGGGAAACAUGAAUCUGGCAGCAGAGGUUUUGGAUUGCAUGAUGGAGAUGGAACCUGAGGACAGUGGAAAUUACGUUCUGAAGUCAAAUUUGCAUGCGAUGAUUGGGGAUUGGGACAGUGUUCAGGAAGUGAGGAGUAGCAUGAGCUGCAAGAAGGUGGCCAAGACACAGCCUGCUCAUAGCUACGUUCAACCAACCCACCAUGUCCAUGUAGAAGAGGUGAUGCAAAACAUAGACGAAGAUGAGAGGCGGUCGUCCUGACCCCUUCUCUGACCGAUCGUCAUCCUGGGGGGUAUUCGAACAAAUAUGCAACA